GCGGGGGGGGGGGGACCCCGAGAGGGCGGUGGGCUCGGCGGCGGGGCCCGCUCCUCCCCCGAGGCGGUGUCAGCGCCGCCGCCGGUGGGGCCCGUGCCCCGGGCUCGCCACGCUCCGCGGGGCGGCGAUGGACGCGGCCGGGCAGCGCGGGGCAGCGGGGCUGGGGGAGCGGCGGGCGGCCGCGGGGGCCAGCUCCGGCGGGGAAUCGCCCGCGGCGCCGGGCGGCGGCUCGGCGGGGAGCUGGGCGAGGCGGUGCGGAGCUCGCAGUGAGCAGCUGAAUUGGAGCCAGUCUCACAGAGAUCUGAUGAUGAUGAUCCAAGAAAUUAAAAGGUGUUUGCCUGAAGAGAAAAGGAGUUCCAGCAAGCCCAGUACCAUCAGUGCUCUCAACUAUGCCUUGCAGUGCGUCCAACAGGUCCAAGCAAACAAUGACUUUUUCCAGGCUCUGAAUGACCGAAGAGUGUUUCAGACAGAUGGGAUGACAUACAGCAUAGAAGAGUUGGUGGCAGUUGCAUCUGAACACACUACAAAAAACACUGACACGUUUGUGGCUGUGUUUUCCUUGCUUUCUGGACGCAUAGUGCACAUUUCUGAGCAGGCAGCAUCCAUUCUAAACUGUAAGAAGAAAGUGUUGGACUCCUCCCGGUUUGUAGAGCUGCUUGUCCCUCGGGAUGUGAGUGUGUUCUACACACACACUGAUCAGUCCCACCUGCCGCUUUGGAACAUGGAUAGUCAAACAGCUUCUCUGUAUGAGUAUGCCCAGGUGAAAUCCUUUUUCUGCAGGAUCAGGGGUGGUAAAGACCGAGAACAAGAAAUGCGUUGUUACCCAUUCCGGAUCACCCCGUACUUGGUCCACGUGUGUACUUCUGUCCACGUGGAUGCAGAAUCCUGUUGCUUAGCUUUGGCUGAGAAAAUUCACUCUGGAUAUGAAGCUCCUCGAAUUCCUAUGGAUAAAAGAAUCUUCACCACCACUCACACCCCUGGAUGUGUUUUUCUUGAUAUAGAUGACAGAGCAGUGCCUUUGUUGGGUUACUUACCUCAAGAUUUAAUUGGAACAUCCAUACUGAUGUAUUUGCAUCCAGAAGAUCGUCCUUUGAUGAUUGCUGUUCACCGGAAGAUCCUGAAAUUUGCUGGCCAACCCCCUUUUGAACAUUUACCGAUUAGAUUUUGUACUCAAAAUGGUGAUUAUGUCAUACUGGAUACCAGCUGGUCCAGUUUUGUGAAUCCUUGGAGCAGGAAAGUAGCGUUCAUCAUUGGCCGACACAAAGUCCGGACAAGCCCUCUGAAUGAAGAUGUCUUUGCUGCAAGAAGUAAAGAAAUGAGCAGUGUUGAGAAAGAGAUAAGAGAAUUGCAAGGACAAAUUUACAAGCUGCUUCUGCAGCCAGUUCACAGCAAUGUUUCCAGUGGUUACGGAAGCCUUGGAAGCAAUGGUUCUUAUGAGCACUAUAUCAGCAUCGCAUCUUCAAGUGACUCCAAUGGGAAUUGUGCAGAUGAAAUACAAGAACCAAUGACAUUGCAACAAGUUUGUGUGGAUGUCAACCGAAUAAAGAAUCUGGGACAGCAGCUGUAUAUUGCAUCAAGGAGCAAGCCACAGAAUGGAAAUGAACAGGCUGUGAGCUCAGAAAUGCUAGGAGGGAAAAGGCACACUGCUUCCUGUUUUCUUCAGACGUUGAGAAGUGAUAGCGCAGAAGAAACAGGCGAUGCAUUUUAUGAUGAUUCAAAGAAGACUCCGCGUGUUCCUUCCUAUCAGCAGAUCAAUUGUGUUGAUAGUAUCAUCAGAUAUCUAGAGAGCUGCAGUAUUCCAGCAUUGAAAAGGAAAUGUAAAUCUUCUGCAAAUACAUCAUCGUCAUCUUCAGAAGAUGACAAGCAAGUCCAGCAAAGUCAGCAGGAAGUGGAGGCGUUGGAAGCAGCUAAUUCUCAAACUCCGAUACCUGCUGAUCAGGAAGAGACGCUGAAGGACCAGACAGCUGCAGGCACGGUGGGGUCUCCACUGGCAGACCUGACCCUGUCCAACAAGGCUCCCAGUGUGGUGUCUGUCACCAGCCAGUGCAGUUACAGCAGCACUAUAGUGCAUGUCCCACACCCUGAAUCAGAAGUGACCACAGUGGAGGAUACUACUGUUGGAAGUGAACACAUUGAGCUGCCUCCUGUGAACGCUCAGAGUCUCACUGUGGUGCCUGAGGACUUAAAGCCAGUUGGGUUAACAAAAGAAACGCUGUCAGCCCACACCCAAAAGGAGGAGCAGAACUAUGUGGACAAGUUCCGACAGAGGAUCUUGCUGUCUCCGUUUAGGACUUACCUUCAACAGGGGAGCAAAAGUAACAACAGACGUUCCUGUGGCCGAGGAGAUUCCCCUUCAAAGCAGAUGAACCCAGCCAGCUGUAAAAAAGGCAAACACGGAAAAUUCAAGCGCCAGAAACCUCAUAGACAGUCCUCAGAUUGCCACUUUUCUAAUAAAAAUAGAAAUAGUCUUCCAUGUGGGAAGAGAACAGUUCAGAAACAGUCAUUCUCUCCCUCAGAAGUGUCCUAUCUGAGCUCCUCCAGUAUGAAUGUCAUUCCUCCUACGGGAUUUCAAGUCUAUUCAGAUCCCCUAUGUGGUUUUCCAGCCUCUCCCAUAGAAGAGGACCUUGGCCUCCGCUCGUUAAAACCUGAGUCCACAUCGUCACCGCAACUAUACUGUGAAGCACCAGCACUUUGUCCCCCAAACGUAGGCAUGUUUACGGCUGUAUUUUUUCAGAGUUUCCCCACGUGUGCUCAGAUGCCUCAGUAUGUCUUUCUUCCUAGCCCUCAGUACGUUUAUCCCCCAGCUUCAUACCCAUGCACCGUGCUGUGUCCAGCCCCACCACCUCUGGCACCAGCAGUCCCGCGCUCUGUGGAUCAGCCCUUUCCAACCUCUUCUGCCAUGUCCAUGGAGGACCAGCAAGAGGGCCAGCACAACCCGGCCCUACUGCUGAGUAGCUCACGGAGCAGCUCCCCGCUUCAGCUGAAUUUGCUUCAAGAAGAGCUGCCAAAACCUAUGGAGCUUUCCAUCAGUACCGAUGGUAAAGCACAUGCAGAAGCUAAAUGUGACAAUGAUCCGGAAGGUAGUGGUAACAGCGCUAGCCAUUGCACCUCUAGUGAAUUUACUGAGCGCUCGCUGUACGAGGACUCCCACUCAGGUGCAGGUUCAGCAGCAUCAGGCAGUGGAUUAGCUUUAUCUGGUUCUGUAGGCUCUAGCUCCAACGAGACUUCUGGUUGUGGCACAGCAGGUAGUGGGAAAAGCAGCAAGUAUUUUGCCAGUAACGAUUCUUCUGAAGCUUCCAAAGAGAAGAAUUGGGAAGCAGAAGAAAAAGGGACAGCUCAUAAAUCCAAACAUGAGUCAGCCUGCGUGAUGAUGGAUCACACAUCUGAACAAGUUCUAAUGACUUACCAAAUGCCAAACAGAAUCAAAGAGGAAGUUUUAAAGGAGGAUCUGGAGAAGCUGACAGUCAUGCAAAAGCAGCAGCCGUGGUUUACAGAUGGGCAAAAGAAGGAGCUCGCUGAGGUGCAUACGUGGAUCCGGACCCAGACUGUCCCGCUGCAAAUCAGCACCCAAGGCUGUGUUACAUGUGACGUCAGGGAAGCAAGCUGUGAGGCUGCAAUGGCUGAUGACGGUAUGGAAAACAAGGGAAAAUGACCUUCACUCCUGCAACACUGAAGACAUUGGCACUUGUGUCAGUAAAACUGCUUGGUGUAAUUCCCGUUCUCUUUUCCUCUGGCUUCGCUACAUGCUGGCGGUGAAUCUAUCUGGCUAUCUCUUCCCAUGUGAAACUGAAUCUUCCUCCAUUACCCCUCUGCUCCUGGCAUGACUUUGAAGACAGUCCUUCACUCGGGGGCUGUUUCCCUUCCUGACCUCACAGACUUGGUGCAGAAUGGGUUAUGUUUCUGACUUUUGAUUGCUCAGUGACGAGCAAAAUACAGAGGUGUUUUGGGGUUAGGUUUUGUUUGUUUGGACUCUGCAAGUGAGAGUCUGAAAAGAUGCAGUGGUUAAGAACCUACAGCGAUGAACCUACCAGUUCAGAGCGGUUACUCUCCGAGUAAGGCAGAUGUAUUGAAACCAAGCUGCCAGCAGGGUGCUGUUCAUUUUUGUUUGUUUGGUGUUUAAAGGUCUAAACUGAAGAUCCUAAUACUCAGAGGCUCUAAAAUCACUGUAGCUGGUUCGAGAAUCCAAUAGGCUUUUUAAUGAGCAGUUGAAAACUGGGCAAGUUAUUCUGCAUCAAAAUGCCUUUCGCCAGCUUGUGCCCAUCAACAAAAUAAACUGCAGUGAAAAGAACCAAAGCUAUUCCCUAUGCUUUUCAUGAUGAGUGUUUUGGAACCAAGUUGUUUUAUAGCUUUUGCUUUUAAAGCUGUGUCUCUCAAGAGAGGUGUUUAAAAUUAGUUCAGGGUAACUGGUUUGCAAACCUACUAGAGAUCAAAUUAUAAAUAGCAAUCAAGAAAAAAAAAAACAA